AUUCCACGGAUUACUUUUACAUUCAAUCCUUAUCGCUCGAGCUGGACAGUGAAUUACAGGAAAUUUCCCUUGAGAUUCAAUUACACAACUACGUUCAAUGGAUGCCAAGGACUGACUAGAUCUGUCAAAAAAACAGUUCUGGAUCUCAGAGCUGAUCUUUUUGCGCACGUUCAACUGUAUACUGCGUUGUCACGCGUGAAA